CCCUAAUAAACCUCCUAAACACUACAAUGUCACCGUCGCUUGCCUUGCGAAGCCGCAGAGGCUGAAAUCUCCGCCACCGACUCACCGUCGUCAUCGACACUCAGAAGCUCAGAACUGUAUCCUCAUCCUCUGCACUACAAUGUCAUCGUCAUUGUUUCGGUUAAAGAGGUUUUCCUUCAACCCCUCUUUCCUUCUUCCCUCUCCGCCGCGCCGUUUCUCUCACAAGCCUGACGACGCCGUUUCCUCUUUCCUUCGCAUGCUCAGUAAGAACCCUCCCCCUCCCAUCAUCAAAUUCAACAAGAUUUUAGCUUCCCUUGCAAAGAAGAAGCAGUAUUCCAAUGUAAUUUCACUUUCUCAACAAAUGGAAUUCAGUGAAAUUGCUUCUGAUGUUGUUAACUUGAACACCUUGAUCAAUUGUUACUGCCAUUUGGGUCGAAUCAGUUUCGCAUUCUCUGUUUUAGGCAAAAUUCUCAAAAGGGGUUAUCACCCUGGUUCCAUAACGUUCACUACACUCAUCAAAAGUCUAUGUCUUAAUGGCGAGAUUCGGAAAGCGUUGAAUUUUCAUGAUGAUGUGGUAGCUAAGGGGUUUCAGUUAGACCCUGUUGGAUAUGGGACAUUGAUCAAUGUGUUAUGUAAAGUGGGAGAAACAAAGGCUGCCUUGAAGUUGCUGAGACAAGUUGAAGGGAAGCCUGAUUUGCUAAUGUAUAGUACAAUCAUUGAUAGCCUAUGCAAAGAUAAACUCGUGACGGAUGCAUUUGGUUUAUAUCAUGAAAUGGGUGUCGAGAGAAUUUCUCCGGAUCUUUUCACUUACAAUGCUCUAAUCGGCGGAUUGUGUGUCGCGGGAAAAUUUAAGAAAGCUGUUGGUUUGUUCAAGGAAAUGGAAUUGAAAAACAACAUCAAACCAGAUGUUUCUACCUUUAAUAUAUUGGUUGAUGCUUUAUGUAAGAAAGGAAAGGUGAAACAAGCUAAGAAUGUGUUGGCUGUGAUGAUAAAACAAGGUGUGGCGCCGGACUUAGUUACUUAUAGUACCUUGUUGGAUGGGUAUUGUCUAACUAAGGACAUGUACAAGGGAAAAUAUGUACUCAACGCUAUGGGUCGAGUGGGAGUGACUCCUAAUGUUGAUAGCUACAAUAUUGUGAUUAAUGGGUUCUGUAAGGUUAAAUUGGUGGAUGAAGCCCUGGCCCUCUUCGAAGAAAUGCAUCACAGAGAGCUUAUUCCUAAUACGGUAAUAUAUAAUUCUCUUAUUGAUGGUUUGUGCAAGGCCAGACGAAUCUCCUGUGCUGUUGAGCUUGUUGAUGUGAUGCAUGAUACAGGUCACCCGGCUGAUUUAAUCACCAACAAUUCCUUAUUCGAUGGUUUAUGCAAAUACCAUCUUCUUGAUAAGGCAAUUGCAUUAUUCAUGAAAGUUAAAGAUCACAAAAUUCAGCCAAAUAUACCCACCUACACAGUGAUAAUUGAUGGACUAUGCAAAGUUGGAAGGCUUAAGAUUGCACAAGAGAUUUUUCAGGUUCUUCUGAGCGAAGGCUACAAUUUAAAUGUCAUGACGUAUACUGUUAUGAUCAAUGGGUAUUGUAAAGAAGGUUUACUUGAUGAGGCUCAGGCCUUGCUGUCAAAAAUGGAAGACAAUGGUUGCAUUCCUAAUGCUGUGAAUUUUCAAACAAUAAUUUGUGCUCUCUUUGAAAAAAAUGAGAAUGAUAAGGCAGAGAGACUUUUUCGUGAAAUGAUUGCUAGAGAUCUAUUGUAAGAUUGAUUUGCUAUUCUUUUAAAUACACAUUUUGAGAUAAUGUAGAUAGCAACUUGAUUAUCACACUUGAAACCAUCAAAUUCAUUUCAGAUAGAAUGCAGGUAGUGACAAGAAAAAUGACAGAUUUAAAAACUUCACAAUUUAAUCUCUAUCCAAAUAAGAAUUUCUAGGCAUUUUAUUUAUGCUUGGAAACGAAUCUGUUUAUGAACUGAAGUCUGAUACGUGUAUGAGCAUACUUGUUAUUAUCUAUUAGCUUUCAUAGUACAUGUUUAACUAUUGUCUUAUUAUCUAUUAGAUUUCAUAGUUACCAUGUAGUGGCUGCAUUGUGGUGGAGUGGUGCAGAGAAGGCCUCUGCCACUUCGAGAAGCCAAUGAAAUGUCUGCCACCCUUAAUCUUACCUGUUCCUAUUUUUUUAAAGGACUUUUUGAUAUCCCAGGUUUGUUGCAUUAUUUGUUGAAGAGACUUAUCACUCAUAGCUUGUGUAGAAGAUUCCCUGUAGUUCACCCCUUUUUUUAACUCUGUAUUGGCAAAUUCUUAGAUAUCAAACACCUGUUUUUCUAGCUUCUUGCUGUGUUUCAGGUUUCAGCCUCUGCAUUCCCCAUUCUCAGCCCCCUUUUCUUCAUUUUCAAGGCAAACCUGCUUCUAUUGCUCAGCAUUUCCAGUUUAACUUGUGUACUUUUUGAUUUUUGAAUUCUAAUUUUUUUUUCUUUCUUAUUCUCAUUAUUUUAAGGCAAGUGAAUUGCCAUUCUGAUAGGAUAAUAUCCCAUCCCUAACAUGCUGUUGUCGGGGGUGUGCGGACAAGGGAAAGACCCCUGGAAUACAAUUUGGUGUUCAGGUGGUUGGCACUACUAUAUUUAAGCCCUGCAACAUUGAUAUGGAAAAUUUAAUAUUUGACCAGGACAGAAGCAUUGCCACACAGGCUAAUUACUACACUUUUGAAGGCAGGAAAUGAAUCAAGUGUGGAUCGUCUAAUGAAGCAGAUUAGAAUUUUUUUGUCUGGUAUUGUUGCUGAUGAGUUCAAAAUUGUUGUUGUUAAAGAAAUACGAUCAUUGUGCCUGAAGUUCCCUUUAAUAAGUCAUGUAUUUGAGCA